CCAUUACACUGUUGGUCGAUGAUGAGGAGCUUAAGAUUUAUAGCUGUUGUGGGCCUAACUUUCUUGUUUGUCACCAAUCGAAAGCAAAGAUGGUACAAUUUGCAUAAAGGCAUUCCGUAUCCCAUACUAGGACCGACCAUUUAAAGUGAAACCUCGCAAUAAAGUUCCUUCGUAAUGCUGUCUUCGUUGAGAAUCUUUAAUGUCUAUCACGAGUGCCUAACCUGCGGCUGGAAAAGUGAUGUUCAUUGUGGAAAGGUUGCGGAUGGCUCAUGUGUGUUUACCGCUCUAAAUCGUUGCCAGGUUGAACGUAUUUCAUGCCGUCGAGAACAAAAAAAGCUGAAACCCUUCACCGAAAUCGUUAAAGGAAGGUGCCCGAAGGAUAAAAAAAUAUGCGUCAAGCUCUAAAAUAAAUUCAUGGUUCAUUCCAUCAAUUAAUAAUUAGUAUUGUUUUAUCCAAAAAAUCCA